AGAGAUCUUUUACCGCUAAUAAGUGAUAUGGGAUUGUAUUAUCAAUUACAUAAUGAUUAUUGCAACUUGUGUUUUGAUAAGAAUACCAACGAUAAAAGUUAUUGCAACGAUUUAACCGAAGGAAAUUUCACCUUCCCGAUUAUUCAUGCACUUAACAGCAAUCCUGAUGACAGGCAAAUAAUAAGUAUCCUUUACUAAAGAUUAUUUUUACCAUGAAAUAUGUACAUAAUUAUAAUGAAUUAAUUAUUAUUAAAUGCACACUUACGUUU